GUCACGUGUUCGGACUAAAUCGCAUCGAUUGAUGACUGGUUUAACUCAAAGGCUCAACAAGUGCAAAUAAUGAAGUAUAAGAGUUGACCGUUAUAUUGGGGAAGGUUACAAGAAUGGACGAGGGCAAAGUCAAAAGACAAGACACCUUCAUAUUUAAGUAUGCGUUGUCAGUGGUGGCAGCAUGUGUUGCAGAAAGUGUUACCUAUCCAUUGGAUUUGACCAAAACAAGAUUACAAAUACAGGGAGAGCUGGCAGCUCAUGCUGGUUCAUCAACAAUUUCAUCUACAAUUCAUGAUAAAAAACAGUAUCGAGGCAUGCUGAGAACAGCAUAUGGAAUAGCAACCGAAGAAGGGGUAUUUAGAUUAUGGCAGGGAGUCACUCCAGCUUUAUACAGACAUGUUUUUUAUUCUGGUUGUAGAAUGUCUUUCUAUGAAUUACUACGAGAUAAGGUAUUAGGUAAAAAUAAAGAUGGCACCUUUCCCCUCUGGAAAGCUACUGUAGCCAGUACAUUGGCUGGUGCUGGAGGUCAGUUUAUAGCCAGUCCAACUGAUCUAAUCAAGGUACAGAUGCAAAUGGAAGGCAGAAGAAGAUUGGAAGGAAAACCUCCCAGAGUUACAAGCUCUCUGCAUGCUUUAAAGAAGAUUGUUGCUGAAGGGGGUGUAAGAGGUUUAUGGAGUGGUUGGGUACCAAAUUGUCAGAGGGCAGCUUUAGUUAAUAUGGGAGAUUUGGUAACUUACGACACAGUUAAACAUCAGUUAUUAACUCAUACUAAUAUUGGUGAUAAUCAUAUUACUCAUAUAAUAUCCAGUGCGUGUUCAGGUAUCAUGGCAGCAUUAUUAGGAACACCAGCUGAUGUAAUAAAAACAAGAGUUAUGAAUCAACCAACUAAAAAUGGAAAGGGUCUAUUAUAUCAAGGAUCAAUAGAUUGUUUAAUUAAAACUGUGCAACAGGAGGGAUUUUUGGCUUUAUAUAAAGGUUUAAUACCAAUUUAUUUACGAAUGGCACCCUGGUCUUGUACAUUCUGGAUAACAUACGAACAUGUUCGACGAUUAACUGGUGCUUCAUCAUUUUAA